CAACUCUCUUCUCAACUGCCCAAAUCCGUUAAUCCCCCACUGUCUUCCCAUCAAAUCGGUCAUGACCAUCUAGGUAGAGAUCUCAUUGCAAAAUCCGGGCGUCAGGAACAACAGGCUGGCAUCUCAUCGCAUUGGGUAGAGAGAGUGAGAGCCUGGGGUUACACCAGAGCCGAGUCCCGUAGCCAACAAGAAGCACGCAAUGGCAGAAGCCGCAGCAUCAGAGUCCCCGCAAUGGUGGGCGGCCUUUCCCGCUCCCAAGGCCAAGUCACCGGAAAUCGAGGCAGACGAGAUGAUGAGGUUGCUUGAGGCUCAGGCUGCGGCUGGCAACAACAAACCUCGAGACUUUCUGCUCGUUGAUGUGCGCCGAAACGACUUUGAAGGCGGCACCAUCUCAACGUCCAUCAACUUUCCCGCCCAGUCCCUCUAUCAGACAAGACCAAUCAUUCAUCAGCUGUGCAAGCAAGCUGGUAUCAAGCGUGUUAUAUUCUACUGCGGAAGCAGCAAUGGUCGUGGCCCUCGGUCAGCGAAUUGGCUACAGGACUAUUUCGACGAGCUUGGCGAAACUGCCGUGCAGGCCGUCAUCCUUAAAGGUGGCAUCAAGAGCUGGGUUCGUAGGUACGGCGGCAGCAUGAUGGACUGGUAUGACGAGAAGGCCUGGGCCAGUCUCGACAAGUAAAGAUGCCUCGCUCCGUCCCGGCCUAUGAUUGCAGGCUACGCAGUCGUACUUCUGGACCGUUUGAAUGUGACAUCGUUGUGCUGGUAUCUAGCAUAUUUCAU